UCGUUCUUAGUGUCCGCUCUUCGUCGUAUCAAGUGAAACAAAACCGUUUGGACUAUACAUAGUUGAUCUGUUAUACUACACAUUAGCGCAAAUUCCUAUAACAUGCUCGCCAUUGAUAUUGUUGAAUGUCCCCAGAAAGAUCUGCGCAACAGUUUAGAAAACAAAAAAAUCAAUGUUUUCAAGACAGCCUUGAGUCGCGGCGCCGACGUCAAUAAGCGUGAAUCUGGUAAUAAGUAUUCCGUCUUCGAGUAUGCUUGCCGGAAUUCUAAGUACGGCGAUUUCAUAAAAGAAUGUCUUGAGAAUGGCGCGAUCGUAACGAGGAUUCAUCCAAAGGAAUACGCUUUUCCAAUUCAUCUAGUAGCUCUCUCCUGCAGUGCUGAAAACAUGGAAGCUCUGCUAACAUCCAAGGACGUCGUAGUUGAUCAGAAGUAUAAAGACCGAACCGCCCUGUACCUACUGUUCGAAAAUAUCGACCAAGAGAACCAUCGAGAAGGUUUAAAGUGCAUCGAGUUGUUACUAUCGGCCGGUGCCAACAUAAAUGCAGUACAGGAGGACAACGUAUCUCCAGUACAGUUAUUACUGGAGAAGGUUGCAAAUGGUGAAGUCCCGUCAGGCGAUAAUGAGUGGCCCAAGCAUGUGUUGGAGUACUGUCUUAAAGAGAGUGCGGUAAAUUUAAGCCUCAACGACGGCAAAGCACAAACGUUAAUCUCACAACAUUUCUCAUCCUUGGACAUUCCCGAAAGACAUGGCAUGAGCAACGUGACCGUCGAGCUGUUAAAAAACAAAUUAUUCAUUGGCCGCUACACGAGUGAGGAUUUUAUUGAAAUUUACAAGCAGUUCAGCAACCAUUUGGUGGCUCUUAGUAAUGAAGAGCUUAAAGAUAUGAUACAAAUAGCGGUAUGUUCGGACAAGUUAAAAGCCGCCCAGCAUUUAAUUAAUCCACGAUUGGAUGGCACAACUGGAACGGUACGAGAAAAUCUGUUGGAAACAUUAUUCCCAGGUCUACUAGAAAAGUGUUGCAACCGUGGAAUCUACAGCGCGUUGGAAUGGCUUUUACAGAUCAUACCUAAAACUGCGCGGGCUUUCAUCAAUAAGGAACCGCUGCUGUGCAUUUUAAUAAAACGAAUGAAUGCAGAAGUUAAUCUGAUGAAACGCUCUUUUAGCAAAUGUUUUUACCUAUUACUGCACGAUCCACGAAUAGAGCUGGAUAUGUGUGAUAAGACAUCAAAACGAACUGCCCUGCACUACGCAGUAAUGUACAAAAUGCAACCUGUUCAACUGGCACUUCUCGGUAAAGGUGCACAGCUUGGCUCGAUGGACAUCUUAGGCAACAUUUGUGAGAUAGAUCCCAUUCUUUGGGAAAAAUACUUAGAUAGACGUCUGAGCAAAGCAAUCGUUGAUGAUGCGAGAUUUGAUGUGAUUAUAGAUCUUUCUGAUUUCAUCAAAUCAACAUCCCCCACUAAGGAAACAAAAUGGGAGAGUGAAAUUUAUCCCAUACUUCAAUUGGCGCAACAUCCAGCCAACAAACGCCUUCUUCUGCAUCCAGUUAUUUCUACUAUUGUACAAUUGAAAUUAAACUAUUUGUGUCGAGCAAGUUUGGUUUAUGUUAUGUACCAUUUUAUACACUGGAUAGGUUUAACAUGUUUAAUGGUUUAUUGUGGUGACAUCUACCUAGGACAGAGUAAUGUUACAUUGUAUUGGUACUUUGUACUUGCAUUAAUUUUCAUAUUUGCACGGAUGUUUAUAAGUUACGCUGUAGACAGAGAAAAUUUUCUCCAAAGAAGCGAAAGCUGGCUACAAAUUAUGCUAACUAUAGUAAUGAUUUGUGCCAUCGUCGUAAAAGUAUUCAGUACAGUUCACGAAGAAAUAUAUCGAUCGUGUUGUGCUACCGCGGUUAUGCUACUAUCUGUUGAGUUCACCGCCGUUCUUGCGAAAGUUUCUUCCUUCAGUAUCUCGACUAACCUCAUCUUGUUGAAGGCGAUAUUGAUUAACUUUUGCAAAUCUUUAAUACCGUUCUCGAGCAUUUUGAUAGCAUGGGCACUCACGUUGCACAUUCUGUUUAAAGAACGGCAUCAUAUGGAUUCCGCAGCGCUAGGUGAAACAGGAACACAAAAGAACAACACAGUUGAGCAAGUAACCGGAAAUAAUGAAUUCAAUAAGUUCCAAACAGUCUGGCUGGCGGGGAUAAAAACAAUUGUAAUGAUGACCGGAGAAUUCGACGCAACGAACAUACCGUUUGAGGAUUGUGUGUUGAAAAGUGUUAUAUUCUUGAUGUUUAUAUUUUUUGUGGCAUUGGUUUUCAAUAAUUUUAUCAACGGUUUGGCGGUCGAUGAUACGAUGACCAUGAGAGCUGAAUCUGAAUACAUCAGUCUCAAACAGAAAAUAUUCCUGAUACAUCGUCUAGAAACCAUUUUAAACCUACUAUGGACAAGGUCCAACGCUUUCAAUUGGUCUUGGCUGUCCCAAGAAACUACUACCAUUAAGUUGCCGCAGUACAUCAAAAUUCAACAAAAGCCACCAAGCGAGCAUGCAUGCAAAUUCCAAUGGCACAAUCUUAAAAGAAUGUUUAAAGGUUUGAAGGACGAAGAAAAAAAAGAAACCAUUGUGAUGAAUGAAGAAAAUUGUCAUAUUUUAAACCGUGCGCUAGAAAUAUUGAAUUCAUGUGCAGAAGCGCACUACUUUAAUACUGAGACAACGAAGAAUCUAAAUGAUAGUGCAAGCGAUGAUCGACACAAAUUGAUACUGGGCGGCCAAACGAAGCGCAGACACUCGAUUUGACAUUAAUCUUUAACAUCAAAUCGUUUGCGCUUAUGUCAAAAUGUUUAUGAGUCAGCUGAGGCGUAAAACACAGCGCAAACAGAGGAUAAUGUAAGUUCUUAUAUGCUGGUACAGCAACAAAAUCUAAAAAAACAGAAAAAGAUAUUCAGAAAUCAACUUACCUCUUCGAUUUCUAUUUUCUCGGGCCAAAAACACGAAUGCAAACACGUUUAACAUUUCGGUUUUAUAUUUUAAUCUUCCACACAAAGCAUAAGCGAUUUGACAUUUUUACUGAUUCAAUCUUUUUUAAUCAUCUCAGAUAUUUCUUUUUUUAAUUGUUUAAACUCUUCCUCCUCUUGUAUUUUUAUUAAUAGGUUGUCUAUUUCCAUCUUAACGCGCUCAGCAUCUAAUUGCUCACUAGGCAUUACGGGGCCGUUUAGAAGCCCUAAAACUUUCUCGGAAUAUUUUAUAAUAUUAGGGCGAAGAUUGACAUCUACUCGCGAUUUUACCCAUCGAACGAUUGUGCUAAGGGUGUGUUGAAGUGUUGUGCUGUCUUCUGGGUUUAUCAGCGCGGGUAGAUUGUCGAUUGCUUCAAACAACUGAAUCAGUUCAGUUUUCGUCAUAGAUAAAACCUGCAGAAAAAGUAAAAGCAAUUAAAACAGUGCCGCUAAACAUGAAUCAGAAAAAUGAGUUGCGUACAAAACAUUGAAGUAACUAUAAAAUGUGUUCUACACGUAACAAUCUUUUUCACUUCCCUAUUAGAAGUCUGUUGAGAACGCGACGACUUCCAACCUAGCGUUACAACCAAUAAAGAUAAGGUACGAAUUCUAAGAACGUUAGGCCCAAGCCACAGAACGCGUUCGACCGAGGGGUCUUAAGAACCCUGAACAAACAAGCAGAAACCACAGAAACUACAGCGUGGGUGCAGCUUGCAUCUUAGAAAUAUCUAUGAACCGCGUUGAUCCAACCUGCAUCUCAAAAUACAUUGCAGGCAAGAGCAAUGUAAACAGUACGACAGAUAAGCGUAGGAAACACAUGGCCACACCGUAGGACCUAGAUCAAUAAAACGAAGAUACACCCAAAAAGGUAGAUUUAUGUUGAACGUCCGCCACUGAAAGUGCACUCAAUGUGGUUAUGUCACAAAGGAAUCAUGGAUGUAACAAUUCACGUUUGACGAUAUCGAACCUAGCUAUUGCUUUUUUACUAUACAUAUACUUACGUUAGUUACUUCCAUGAUAAUUUAAGUAAUCGCCUAGAUUAGAAUACUGCGGGAGUGUGCUCGUGGCUGAUGUUUAUGUUUUGAAUGACAAUAUCGAAUGAUAUGUCAACAUGCCUUAUCAAAUUAAGGCGAUCAAGGUGUCAACGAACGAUUUUGGCGCCAAACGGAUUGUCAUGUUUUGCUAUGUGGGUCCACAUAUGAAGUAACAAUACUAGCACUGAGGGCACAAUAAAAUGCUUUCGGAUAUUCUUUUUUCAAGUUUUAUGUGUUUCACCAACAUGAAGUCUGUGCUGCUACGCCAGUGAACAAUUAUGUGUAUCACCCGAGACGUCGGCCCCAGAUCAAUGGGAAAACUGGGAACCGGGAACCGUCUCCCAGUGGCGAUCUGUUCCACGGCUACGUGUGUCUUGAAUCCUUGACUGAAUGACUGAUUAAGAAAGAAAAGUACAACAGAAACACAAUUUUCAACUGUUACGUGACAUGGUCCAGUCCCUUAAUACUUCCACCGGUAGGGCUCAGAGCAGUUAUUAGCUAUCUUAAAUGUAACUGUGACUAGCUCAUAUUUUCAUUUGGAUGCGAUUCGCGGGGCUGUAAUUAGUAAAACAUUCAAUUUUCAAAACAGGGCUAUGCAUGUUUGGUGGGACCGUUUACAUUGUCAGCUAUAGAAGCAGCAAUAUGAGAUGGAUUAUAGAAUCUGAUCUCUCUGAAUAAUUUUGUAUCACAGUUCAAUCUUUUUUAAAUUGAGUUCAGAUAAUGAAAUGGAGGAAUUUAAGAUCAGCGACUGUAUCAAGA